AUGGUAGACUUCAAGAAAUUCUGGGCCUUGGAGCACAUGGGAGUUACGCCCCAAGAGUUAGAGGACCCGGGGUUCCUGAAAAACUAUCAGGAGACUAUAAAGAAAGAUCAAACGGGCAGAUAUGAGGUUCUGUUCCCGUUCAAAAAUAACAGAAGGUCGAUGGAGACCAACAAAAACAUAGCCUCGGUCAGAUUGACAGGGCUAUUGAGAAAAAUGAAACGGGAGGACAAAGUGGCCUACCAUGAAGUUUUUCAACAAUACCUCGAGAAAGGCUACAUAGAGGUAGCAGAUAAAAAUUACACGGGAGCAUGUACGUAUUUGCCGCACAGACCGGUGAUAAAAACAGAAGCGGCAACCACCAAGAUUAGACCGGUGUUUGACGGUUCGGCCCACCAGCAGAAUAGGCCUAGCCUGAAUGAUCUGUUGGAGACCGGGCCGAACCUGAACCCGGAACUCUUGGCGGUGCUGCUCAGAUUUAGGCAGAACGAGAUAGCGUGGAUGGCGGACAUCACGCAAGCAUUCCUACAGAUAGGAAUACAGGAAGAACACGGACAGAUAGUCCGAUUUCUAUGGAUAAAAGACCCGAAAGAUGAUAACUCAGAAUGGAUAGAAUACAGGUGGAAGAGAGUGCCUUUCAGACUCUCGAGUAGCCCGUUCAUCCUAAGAGCGGUUAUAUUAAAAUGCUUGGAUGAGCAUAGAGAUGAAUACCCAGAGCUGGUGGGAAAAUUGAGCUCGCAGUUAUAUGUGGAUGAUUGGUUGGGGGGAGCGAGCAGCAUCCCCCAAGCAAUCGAAGCGAUAACGCAAGCACAGAAGAUAUUUAAUUCGGCCAAGAUGGAACUUAGAAAGUGGACGACAAAUAGCGUGGCACUCAGAGAACAGUUGCACGCGUUACAGUUCCAAAAGGAAGAAAUAACGAUGGGAGAUAAUACAGAAAAAGCAGUUAAGGCGCUGGGAGUAACGUGGGAUCCGGAGACGGACUCGUUUCGGUUCAAGCCCGAGAAGAUAAUAGAAGAGGCCGAAGAGAUGAGCAAAAGGCCGACGAAAAGGAAGUUGUUCAGCCUUGCGCUGAAGGUCUUCGACCCGCUGGGAUUGAUAUCACCGGUAACGGUGGUAGCAAAGAUUAUCACGCAGAAGGUCUGGAUAGAUAAGACAGGCUGGGAUGAGCCAGUAUCGGCAAGCAUAAUGCCGCACUGGGAGACAUUCAUUAAAAGUUUGUCGGACCUCAAGAACACAAAGCUAGGACGGUGGACUGGAGAGAUCCAUUCACCGAGACUACAUUUGUUUUGCGACGCGAGUGACGACGCAUACAGUGUAGCCGCAUAUUUGGAGAACGGAAAAGAGACAAAGCUGUUAUGCAGCAAAACCCGGAUAGCACCGGAUCCCAAAAAAUCAGUAUCGACCCCCAGGUUAGAGCUACUCAGCAAUUUGCUGGCAGUAAGGCUGGGAGAUUACAUCGAAAAGUCCCUUGGACGAUCGUUUGAGAAGACGUUGUGGACGGACUCGGCGAUAGCCUACUGGUGGAUGAAAGGCGAGUCGGGCCGGUGGAAACAGUUCGUUCACAACCGAGUGACAGAAAUCAGGGAGAAGAUCAAUAUAGAGUCGAUAAGGCACUGCCCGGGAGUUCAGAAUAUAGCCUCGAGAGGGGCUUCAGUGAGCCAGCUGAACCAUAAGAAAGAUUGGUGGUCAGGUCCAGAGUGGCUGAACAAAAAAGAGAGGUGGCCGAAGAAUCCAGCCCAAGUGGAACAGGAUUGUACGGAAGAAAUCAGAAAAGAGGAAAAAAUCAAAGAGAUAACGCAAUGUAAUAUUUCGAUGUCAAAAGAAAAAGAGUGGUACGAGAACUAUAGUUCGCUGCGUACGAUAAUCAGGAUCUGGGCGACAGUGAAAAGAGCGGUGAAGAGGUUCAAGGGACAGCCAAACCCCGAGACACCGCUGGCAGAAGUAUUGGUUGGAACCGACAAGAAACGGUUCAACAUUCUCGCAGUAGAAGAAGUAGAGCAAGCAGAGUUAGAUUUAUGGCGAGCGAUGCAAAUUGACGCAUACAAAGAUGAAAGGGAAGCCAUAAAAGAGAAAAAGCCCUGGAAAAAUGAUAAACUGAGAAAAUUGGGAUUAGCCUGGGACGAGAGAAACGGGCUAAUCAGGUGUUACGGCCGCCAAGAAAACUGGUUGCGGCUUAACGGUAGAGAAGCGGUAAUCCUAUUGCCAGAGAACCACUAUCUGACAGGCAAACUCAUAGAGCAGACGCACGAACGGUUACUGCACACUGGAGUAAGCACGACGAUGGUGGAGGUACGGCGAACGUUUUGGAUCCCAAAACUGAGACAGACGAUAAAGAAAGAGUUAAGGAGGUGCAUGAGGUGUCAGAAAUUAGAUUCGAGACCAUUCAACGAGGUGCCGGCACCCCUACCAGUAGAUAGACUGCAGAUGGCAAGCCCGUUCAACGUGACGGGGAUUGACUUUGCGGGACCCUUCCCGAUAAGGCUCUUAGCAAGAACCGGGCAAGCGAAAGCUUACAUUUGUCUCUUUACGUGUGCGGUAACAAGAGCCGUGCACUUAGAAAUGACUACAGACCAAGAAGCGACGACCUGCAUCUUUGCCCUGAGAAGGUUUUUUGCAAGGAGAGGGGUGCCGAAAGCCAUGUAUUCAGAGAACGCUAGAACGUUUACGCAAGCCCCCAAGUAUUUGAGAGCGGCCUACAAGAGUGAGAAGGUGUAUAACACUCUGGUAGACCUGAAUGUCAAGUGGCGAUUCUCCCCAAGCCUCACCCCUUGGUGGGGCGGGUUCUGGGAAAGAAUGGUCCAGACAGUAAAAAGAUUACUAUAUAAAACGUAUGGAAACGAAUGUCUGGAAUAUGAUUUGUUCCAGACAGUACUGGCAGAGAUUGAGGAUACGAUAAACACAAGGCCGUUGACGUACGUCUCGGACGACGACAAUGAGCCUCUGACGCCGAAGCAACUUAUCACGGGUUACAGACAGAAUCAGAAGCACCCGGUGGACGAUGAAGAAAGGGAGUAUUCGGACAGAAUACCCUUAACCAAGAGAGAGAGAAUAAGGAGAAACCUACUAGCAGGAUGGUGGGAAGACUUCUAUAAGGAAUAUGUGGCAGACCUGGAGAAGUUCCAUUGCCCGACACCGGGCAGAACGAAGCAGGUUGAAGUCGGCCAGGUGGUACUUAUACACGAUGAGAAGUCCAAGAGAACAAAGUGGAAAGUAGGCAGAGUAGCCAAAUUGUACCCCGGUUCGGAUAACAAAUUUAGAAGAGUCGCAGUAUUGGUUGCCGAUAAGGUGAAAGGCAAAGGAUCGAAGCCAAUAUACAGGGACAUUAAAUGUCUAUACCCACUAGAGCUAGAAGCAGGGACGAUAGACGAUGAUCAUAGAAAUGUCCUACCGUUCCAAGACGGAGACAUAACGGACAGCUCAGACUCUGAGUUGGACGAGGGUCCAACGGGGGGAGUGUCGGAAAUUCCGACGUCUGAAGCAGUCCGAAGGGACGGCAUAGGGAUAAACGGAAGGGCAACAGAAGCCUGGGCACUCGGCACCGAAGAGUCGGUAGCCGGGGUAAGUCCAACGCUAGGCGGGAACUAA